AAUAAAUACUAAAGCUGGCGUGUUUGUUUAGUUCAAAAUGGCUCGCUUUGAAAAGAAUGAGAGAGGGUUACUGGCAGAAAUUUGCCAGAAGUACCCCAUCAUUGCUGAUAAGGGCUACGGAGGGGAUAUUUUAAAGAAAAAGAAAGAAGCCUGGCAGAAUAUUAGCAGGGAAUACAAUAGUUCAACUCCAGGGAGAGCUCCUCGCACAGAGGAACAGAUUCGUGGUUUGUGGAAGCGCUUAAAAAUUUCCACGAAGGAAAAAAUAGAUGCCAUCAGGAGCGAGGCGAGGAAAACUGGUGGAGGACCUUCCUCAGUUUCAAACUUAGAUUCAGUGGAGGAAAUAGUAUCAGGAAUGCUGGGGUCAUCAGUGGAUCCAUUACCAAUGGAUCAUGACAAUGAUGCCGCAGCCUUUGAGGAAGGGCCUGUGGAAAUAAUUGAAGGGGUUGUGGAGGCUGUGCCAGAAACAGAAGUGGAGUAUGUGCCUCCUCAAAAUGAAAGGUCAGGCCGAGUCCCACAAAAGAAUAAAAAAUCCUCAUAUGAUGAGCAGCUGCUCCAGAUGGCACAACAAGAACACCUGCAGAAAUUGUCUGACAAUGCGAAAAGAAUGCAGAUGCAAGUCAGAGAUCACGAGAUGCAAAUCAAAGAACAUGAGAUGAAAAUGCAGAUUUUGCAGUUGGAAAGAAAGAUUAAAUUAAAAAUGUUGAGGAGUAAAUGCAAAUGUACACUAAUAAAAAAGAAAAAAAAAUAAAUUUAAUUUGCAUUAACCAUUGUAAUUUUAUGAAAUGAACUGUGCCUUGGGCCUUCAACAUCUACCUCCUUUCAUAUUCC